GAAGUAAAUCACGGAAGAGAAUGAAGUCAAUCCUGAUCACCGGUUGCAAUCGUGGGCUAGGUUUGGGCCUGGUGAAACACUUAACGAAACUGUCGCAACCGCCGCGGAAUAUAUUCGCAACUUGCCGAGACGCGAAUAAAGCAAGGGAAUUAACCGAAUUAGCUGAGAAGUCGAAAAACAUUCACAUUAUCGAAAUAGAUUUAAUGAACACAAAAGACUAUGACAAAAUAGUUAAAACAGUUAGCGAAAAGGUAGGCAAUGAUGGAUUGAAUGUAUUGUUUAACAAUGCCGGGGUGAGCCCAAAAUUUACAAGACUUGGCUUUGUGAAAGAGGAGCAGCUUACAGAAACAUUUUUUGUAAACACAGUGGUGCCCAUUUUAUUGACAAAGGCACUUUGGCCACUGUUGAAAGUAGCAUCGGAUAAUUUUGAGGACAAAUCAAAAAUGAGCGUCAAUAAGGCUGCAGUUAUCAACAUGUCCUCAAUUCUGGGAAGUAUUACAGACAAUAAUCAGGGUGGAUAUUAUCCUUACAGAUGUAGCAAGACAGCACUUAAUGCAGCAACAAAAUCGUUGAGCAUUGAUUUGAAAGAUGAUGGAAUCCUAGUCACUAGUUUACACCCUGGUUGGGUACGCACGGACAUGGGAGGGAGCAGUGCACCCAUGGACGUUGAUACCAGUAUCAGUAACAUUUUAAAUACACUAAACUUGUUAAGUAAAGAACACUCAGGGUGCUUUAUUCAACACGAUGGAAAAAGUUUACCAUGGUAAAUAAUUUUGAUAUUUUCCUGAAUCACUGAUACUUGAUACAACUAUGAACACAGUGAACAAUAUCUUUAUACAACGAUCGAUUUUUAUUUCAAUCAUGAACUCUAUUGUUGAGAGUAUACUACACAAACCCCAAAAUUGAAAGUGUUUAAAUCAUAAUAUACAGGCAUGUAUAGGCACAAUUUCAAAUGUUUGCAAUAGUAUUAUUUUAUUGGUAAAUGUGAAAGCUUAUUUUGUACAUGUCACGGUGCUAUAACAUAAUCUGAAG